AGGCAGCGCGUGGUGGGAGCACCGAGCACUCUGCGCUAGCUCUGACUGCAGCCGCAUGGGGGUGGACCGGAUUGAAAGCAAGUCCAAGACAUAGUUGUAAAUUUGGGAGUCGGGACGGAGAAGAUUAAUUAAAUUAAAAGGAAGAGGCGUCCAUGCCAUUGCCUGGGAGACUGCGCACUAGUUCUCAGUGAGCGAGCUCCGCGAGUAGCUGCCUCUCUCCUUUCCACGAGCGCACCUUUCGAGAUUAUCAUCGUCGUCUUCAUCUCAUUAUCUCAAUCAGAGCAUUUUGCCGGCUACCGCUGCUCCUCCACUCCGCUACACAAAACAAAACCAAAGCACAUGCUCCUCGAUGCCAUCGCCUCUUGUUCCCUCUCGGCUCCGCCUCCGCGCUUUUUAGCUCGCACGAUCAUACUGGCUCCUCACUGGAAUAGAUUCAGCUGAUAGACAGAGAGGGGCUGCAUCAGGCGCAAUAAAGAUGAUAACGCUUUCGGACUUGUACCACGUGAUGACGGCGGUGGUGCCGCUGUACGUGGCGAUGAUCUUAGCCUACGGGUCUGUGAAGUGGUGGAAGAUCUUCACGCCGGACCAGUGCUCGGGGAUCAACCGAUUCGUGGCGCUCUUUGCCGUGCCGCUGCUCUCCUUCCACUUCAUCUCCACCAACAAUCCCUACGAGAUGAACCUACAUUUCAUCGCCGCCGACACGUUGCAGAAGCUGAUGGUGCUGGCUGUGCUCACUGCCUGGAGUCGUCUCAGCCGCCGCGGCUCCCUUGAGUGGACCAUCACCAUUUUCUCCCUCUCCACGCUGCCCAACACGCUGGUGAUGGGCAUCCCCUUGCUGAAGGGCAUGUACGGUGUUUACUCCGGCAGCCUCAUGGUCCAGAUCGUCGUCCUCCAGUGCAUCAUUUGGUACACGCUUAUGCUGUUCCUCUUCGAGUACCGCGCCGCCCGGAUUCUCAUCACCGAGCAGUUCCCCGACACUGCCGCCGCCAUCGCCUCCAUCACCGUCGACUCUGACGUCACCUCCCUCGACGGACACCGGGAUCUGAUCGAGACCGAGGCCGAGAUCAAAGAGGACGGUAAGCUGUACGUCACCGUACGGCGCUCCAACGCUUCCCGCUCCGACAUAUACUCCCGGCGCUCCAUGGGCAUCUCUGGAGCCACGCCGCGACCGUCAAACCUCACCAAUGCCGAGAUCUACUCGCUGCAAUCGUCUCACAACCCCACGCCCCGCGGUUCCAGCUUCAACCAUAACGACUUCUACUCCAUGGUCGGCCGCAGCUCCAACUUCGGACCCGCCGACGCUUACGGCGUACGGGGAGCCGCCACUCCGCGCGCCUCCAACUUCGAGGAGGAUGCCAGUGCCGUCGCCGGGGGCAACGCGGUGGCCAAAUCCAAGUGUAACUACCCUACACCAAAUCCUUCGGUCUUCAACCCUCCGACGGUAAGUGCUCCAAAGCCGACAGUGACGACGCCAUCGACGACGGCACCCAGAAAGGCCAACGGGCAAGCGGUUCCUUUGUUCAAGGCCGAGGGAGACGGUGGGACCAAGGAUCUCCACAUGUUCGUGUGGAGCUCCAGCGCAUCGCCGGUCUCUGAUGUGUUUGGCGGCGGUGUGAACAACCACCACGACUAUGGCUUGCCUGCCGCGGAUCCUUGCGCAAUCAAAGAAGUCCGGAUGGCUGUUUCUCCGGGCAAAAUGAAGGAAAACCGGGAGGAGUGUAUGGAUGGCGGCCACGACUACGUGGACGAGAAGGGGCAAGGAACGGGAACCAAAGUUAGUGUCAUGCGCACCGCGGGCAUGCCACCGACGAGCGUUAUGACGAGGUUGAUCCUGAUCAUGGUGUGGAGGAAGCUGAUCCGCAAUCCCAACACCUACUCCAGCCUCAUCGGCCUGGUUUGGUCCCUCGUCUCCUUCAAAUGGAAGGUAAACAUGCCUGACAUUGUAUCGCACUCUAUCUCCAUCUUGUCGGAUGCAGGCCUGGGAAUGGCUAUGUUCAGCUUGGGGCUGUUCAUGGCGCUGCAGCCGAGGAUCAUAGCAUGUGGGAAUUCGGUUGCGGUUUUUGCUAUGGCGGUGAGGUUCCUAACAGGCCCAGCUGUAAUGGCAGCGGCCUCCUUUGCCGUUGGGCUCCGCGGCGUGCUCCUCCGUAUCGCCAUUGUCCAGGUACGCUACAUGCCUCAUUCUAUCUUUUUGCAAGCAAGUAGUAAGGACUCGGUCCUGUCUGUCUACCUUUACCUCUCCCGUCCCUUCCCAUCCCAUCCCAUCCCAUCAACUGGCGCCUCUGCUUCUGACACGCCGAAUCCAACGCCAUCGCCCUGCUUAUUCAAUGCGUUUCUUUCUUUUGGCAUGCAGGCGGCACUGCCUCAGGGCAUUGUCCCCUUUGUAUUCGCCAAGGAGUACAGCUUGCAUCCUGAUAUCCUCAGCACAGCGGUCAUAUUUGGAAUGCUCAUCGCUCUGCCCAUAACACUCCUCUACUACAUUCUACUUGGCCUGUGAGGAUCCUUUCAUGUAACUGCUCUAGUCUCUCUAUCUCUCUCCACAGGAAAUGGCAGCAUUGCUGGGCAAGAUUAACUCAUGCAGUAAUUAACACAAAGUUGUGCUUGCCAUAGUGCAGAUAAAUCUAUUGCGACAUCUUGCUGUUGUGAAAUUAUGUGUCGAAUUCAAUCUCAGAGAGCUCUUUCUUCUUCCCCAUUAGUUCCGUUCAUUUUAUCGUGCAUAAUUCUAUUGCGUUCUUUCCGUGACCGGACGAGUAAAACAUUAAUGUAGCUAAAAGGGGAAGAUGAUAGUGUAUUGGGAUCAAACAUGGAAAAAAGUGGUUUCUGUGUCAAAGGGGCAUAGCAAAUGGUAUAAGCUGAUAAAAUUGACGGUGAAGCCAUAAUACGUGUAUGAACAUGUACGAUUGAAGCUCAAGUAAAAAUAGAAAUGACUUGAUCAAUUUUCACAUUUAAA